AUGUCGGUUUACGAGUCUUUUGGGAGAUGUUCGAGACAAAAUAGCGGAGUUGACGACCUGUUCCUGACUCGAUGCAUCAUGUCCUCGGCAAUCUCUUACGGAAAGCGUAGAUGCAACCGAUGGUGCCAGCAAGCAUUGCAAUUUGCUAGGUAUGUUCACAUGCCUGCUCUCUGCCAUCGCUAUAUCGCUGCUAUGGGACACCAGAAAACGGAAGGUCUUGCGCGUUAUGUAUUGUUCACCCUCCACGGCGUCUCUUGCGCAGGAUGCCACGAUGCUGCGGCUUUGGCACGUCUACUCUACUAA